UCAGCAUUGAUAAGAUUGAGGUUAGGUCAUUGUGCAUUAAACAAAACACUGAAUAUGAUAGGGAAACAUCAGACUGGGCUAUGUGAGGGAUUUCAGGUGGAGGAGUCAGUGGAGCAUGUUCUAAUGGGUUGUAGGACAUAUGAGACAGAAAGGGGAGAGAUGAGAAAUAAGUUGAGGGAAUUAGGUAUGCAGGACCUUACACCAAAGGGAGUAUUACAGAUGGGGGACAGGUCACAUGUGAGAGUGUUAGUCGAGUUUUUAAGGGUGACGGGGUUGAUUGAUAGGAUUUAGUCUGUAGGAGUAUGAAUGUGUGAGUGUAUGAGAUGGGAAUGGGUGGUGCACAGGAUUUUGUAUAAGAACUGUCAGAAGAGGGCGGUAAUGUACCGUACACAAGAGUGGCAACUGCCGUUAAACCAAAAGAAGAAGAAGAAGAAGAAGAAGAAGACGCCUCUAAUUCAAUGAAAAGAAGAAGAACGGGCACACUACCAUGGAGACGAGGGACGCCCGAGUGUGUGUAAUGCCCAAAACAAACUAAAACGUUAGCCUUUUUGUAACACAAACAAUGCGGAGCCGUAAAAAGGUUGGCUUCAGACUGAAAAUGGACCCGUGACGCGCGCCUCUCAUAAAGCACUAUAGAUACCAAGCUAGCAAACGCUGUUUUGUUGUGGAUUUUAGCCUGUGGCCAGCUAACCCUUUUGUUUUUGACGCAUGAAAGAAGAGUCGGGAGACGGGACACAAAUGCUGGGAAUAAAACUGUAACAUAACUAAAUAUAUAGUGUUGGGUUAGAAAGAGUGUUGCUUCAGAGGAUGUGGAAACAAGGCAGUCGAAGCUCGGCUCUGGACCGUGCUCAGGCUCUGCUGUCGGCAAAAAGACAGGGCGGAGGAGGAGCCGGGUCUGUGCAGAAGUCUGGAGACAAAACCCGGGCACAUGUGGUGAGUGUCACGCCUGUACAAGUCCAAGUGAAGUUUUGGUGGACAUGUUGGUGGAGAUGUCAACAUUAGAGUUUCUGUCUCCUUUCUCUACAGGAUGAUCUAGGCGGGUCUAUGAAAAUCCGAUCCGUACCCCUAAAUACUCAGACCUUCCUCUCAGAUCUAAGUGACCUGUCCUCUGUCAGCUCAGCUCCAGAGCAUGGAGCUUCCACUGUGGGUUCUGCAACUGCAUGGAGGACCCAGGACAGAAGCGAGGAGCCCACCAGGGUAAACAACCUGAAAAGAUGUUACAUGUAUUUAUGUAAAUGAAAUUAGGCUAGAAAAACUUAUUUGUUUCAAAAAUAGAGCUAUUACUGAGAAACUGUGUGAGCCUUUUCAUUCACCUUUACCAGGAUCGCAGACCGCCAAGUUCUCUAGGUGGAGGAGGGAGCAGGUUCUUGAAGAAGGCUCCACCACCCGCAACUGAUAGCAGUCAAGAGCCUGAACCCAGGUAUGUUUUUUCAAACCUGUGACACAGGAAGUGUAACACUGAACAUUUUUUUUAAUGCUUUAUUUACAGCUUUCACUAAUGUGUUUUUCUCAACCCUCAUCCCUCUGGGUAGAUAUGUGACGUCUUCACAGCGAAGUUCCCAGAAUGCUGCUUUAAAUAGACUUGCUCAUAUUGAGAAUCGCAUUCGCAGUCGUAAGCAGGCCCAGGAACAAUCCAAGCAGGGGGCAGAACCUCCUGAGAGUGUAACUUCAGACCUGGAGCUCCCUGCGCAACUCUCAGCACAGUCCAGCAAUGACCAGAUCCUGCCAGGGAAACGUUUCCUUAAGAAGACCACAACUCAUGCUGUUAACAGGAGUAAUACUGCUGCUUUGUCUCCAAGAGAACCAAAUGCUGGUGUCAGGUCCCGAUCUAGAGCUGCUGAUGUUUUCCCUUUGGCAAGUUUGGACAGAAAAACAGUGAGAGUAGUGAGCGGUGUGAGUCUGGAGAGUGAUGAAGAGGACAUGAAGAAGCUGCUUGGAGACUCGAUUGAUUCAUUGGACAGCAGCUUCUUGAAACCAGGGAGACCCUCUUCUGCAAGCAAAGCAGACAAGGUACCAAUCAACUUUAAACAUCAGCAAUUUUUUCAUUUCCUCUGGGUUCAAGCUUGUAGCAUUUUCACCUGAUGCUUUGGGCUGGUGAGCAAAUCAUUGUAUACACCCUUCAAAUAAUUCAAGACUCCGAAAAAUUCCUUUCAAGUUUCUGGGAAAAGACCUAGAAAGAGUGUAAAGUUGUUGAAUUAAAGCCUUGAAUUGUCAUGAGUUAAACCUUUACCCAUGUCCUCUCGCUUCAGAUUGACCCGUAUAAAGUAUGAUCUGUAAACAACAGCACCGCAGUUUGAAGGUGCAACACUGUCCUCUAACUAUGGACUCAGUUUCAGAAUCUAUGUCUCCAUCUCUUUCUGCAUAUAUAGUGUUUACUGUAAAUAGCUAACACUAAUUAUCAAUAUGCCUCUUUGCAGUACGUACUUAAGAGAUCAGUUGACUUAAUAAUGUGAUAGAGUAUCAUAUCAGUCAUCAAAACAAUCAUCAUGUCAUAAUCAACGCUAGCUAAGCAGUUUAAGCCCGUAUGUUAUGUAUUGAAGUCAUGUCUCCCUGGGACAACCCAGGCUCAACUCUAGCCAUCUUUCCCACAUGUCACUCCCUGCUCUUUCUCCUUAUCUCCUGCUCUAGCCACUGUUCUGUUUUCCAAAUAAAGGCACAAAAAACCUUAAAAUAACUGGGAGAAAAAGAUUAAAUGCUCAGACACAUGCCUUUGAAGCUGAAAAGUUGGCCUAGAAACUUGAUAAACAGAUAUGUAAAUGUUUCUGUGGCCACCAAUACAGUAAUUUUUUUUGAUGAAUGACUUUGCAAACCAAAAUAUCAAGCCUAUUUUAUAUACAUUCAUGAUCUUGAAGUUUGCCCUUUUUAAAUUCACGUUCUGUAAACACAAGUGGGACACAAGAGAAUUUGUUUUAGGUCACACAUGAGCCCUGUGUCUGACAUGUAACUCAAGGAAAUCUGCAAAAGCUCUUUGGUUAACGAACACUGUUCUUUUAAAUUAAUGCAGCGCUGUCUUCCUGUCUUGUAGAUGCUGAGCAAAAGCAGUCUAAAGGUCCACUCUACACAUCCUCCUGCUGCAGUGUCCCCUAACCCAGCACCUCCUUGCUGCCCGGCCUCUCCAUCUCACCGCAGCUCUCCUUUUCGAUUUACAGGCCAGGGUCAGGCCCAUUUCAGCCCCUCUGCACUCUCCCCAUCCCCCUCCCCUCCUCAGAUUUCCCCUUCUCCUCCUAGGAGACAGGAUCACUCUCACAGGUCAGGCAGCCCACAGAGAUCCUUCUCCUCCAUGUCUGACCGCAGCCAGGCCAUGUCUCUGGAGGAGCUUUUCCAUGUCCGGCCAAACGCUAAAGAUCCUCCAAGUGAAAUUAGUGAAGUUUUCUCUGAAGGUGAGAGAAACUCAGCAGCUUAGAAAGGGCAAUAAGAAAGAUCUCAGUUUAUGAUAUGAAUCCAGUGUUUCCCACAAUUAUCUCAAAACAUUUGUUUGAAUGAUUCAGGAUGAGGAACCCUUUUUUAGGAGGGGAAACAUGAUGCCUGUGUUCACUUAUAAUGUUACAUUUUUUCACCCUCCAUCUUGAGCGUCCUAGAUGGACUGCAAAGUACAUAAAUCAUCCCUCUGCAAAGUUCCUCUAGACACAAGGGUAUUUAGAGUCUGAAAAGCUUUUGCCAAAUUCAAGGCACUUUCUGUGGAGCUUAAAUUGAGUGUAUCUGUAAUUUUCUGACCUGUAUCAUUUUUAAAUGUAGAUCCAUGUUAUGAGGUUUUGACAGCUUCAUUUUCUAGUUUUUCUAGUUUUCCUCAAAGUCCUGAUACAGUUGAAAGUAAACUGUUCCAUAUGUUUAUGUACUCUUUUUUUGUAAACUCUGUCCUGACUGUGUUAUUGCAGACUUCAAGAUAAAUGAGAUGACAUUAGAUGAUCUAGUCCCUGCUGAUCCUGGAUUUACUGAAGCAACACCGGGCAGAGAGGUGGGCACUGGCAAAAACUUACAAAGUACUUUAUUCAAAAAUAAUUUAGAAAUAUUUUAAUAGUUACACUACAGGCCAAAAGUUUGGAAGCAAGGCCAUUACAGGCCGAACAGUUGGGAGUAACAUCAAGUUUUUGUUUACAAUGCUUUUUUAAAAAAUCCAGCACGAGUUGUAUGUAUUUUGGGAUGUAUUUACUCCAUGAUCAGAUGUUGCUUUCAUGGAAAUGCACCAUUUUACUCCAUUUACCUUUAGAUAUACAUUGAUGUUAAUAGACCAUUGCUAAAUAUAUGCCAGGAAAAGAUAAUAAGGGCUUAGUUUUAGGGUUGAAAACAUUUGCAAGAGUCACAACUUCAGUGCAGAAGCAAAAAAGCAAAUCACGGUUGGAUUAUUCACUUCAACUUUUUGGCUUUUGAGAGUCUGCAUACAAAAAUCCUAAUAAAUCUCAACUGCAUUCAAACUACUGCAGAAAUGGCUAGAAAGAAGCAACUGAGUAAAGAAACAAAAGUGCAGAUUCGUACAUUGAGAAAAGAAGGAUACACAGAAAGAGAAAUUGCAAAACGCCUAAAGGUGUUUAACAAAGGAGUCCAUUACACUCUGAAGAGACUAGAGGAACCUGGAAGUUAUGAUGAUAGAAAAAGACCUGGACGAAAGAGUGUUACUACAAAAGCAGAGGCUAAACAUAGCAUUGUCACCAGUAAGAGAGAUCGGCAAAAGACAGCACCACAAAUAAGGGAGGAAAUCAACAUGACAAAGUCGAAACCCAUAUCUCUGACAACUGUGAAAUGACGUUUGAGAAAGGCUGGUCUGAAGGGUUGUGUAUCUGCAAAAAACACUACUUCGUCCACAGAACAAGAAAAAGAGAUAUGAGUGGACAAAAGCUCACAAAAUUUUGACUUAUGAUGACUAGAAACAAGUUCUCUGGACUGAUGAAAGCAAGUUUGAACUGUUUGGGUCAAAACGCUGAGUCUAUGUCUGCAGACAAACUGGUGAACGUCUGAAAGCACCAUGUGUUACACCCACAAUUAAGCAUGGAGGUGGUAGUUCCAUGUUAUGGGGAUGUUUUGCAGGUGAUGAUGGAGUAGGAGAUAUUUUUGAAGUAAAGGGUAUCAUGAGGAAGGAACAGUACCAUUCCAUCCUCCAGCACCAUGCUGUUCCAUCUGGACUCAGACUUGUGGUUCAUAAGUUUGUUUUGCAGCAAGACAAUGACCCUAAGCACUCUGCCAAGCUCUGUCAGGGUUACCUCGAGAAAAAAAGAAAAGGGAGGUGUUCUUCAAUGGUUUGGCCCCCUCAGUCUCCUGACCUUUCUCCAAUAGAGCUUGUGUGGGAUGAAUUGGAUCUAUCAGUCAGAAAAUUGCGUCCCACGAAUCAGCAGUCUCCUUUUAAUGAACUUAAGAAAGCUUGAAAUGCAUCCCUGGAACAUACCUUAAAAAACUUGUGGACCGAAUACCUUGUAUAUGCCAAGCUGUUGUUAAAGCCAGAGGAGGUUACUUUAAAGAAAGCAAAGUCUAAGCAACAAUAACUCAAAUACCUAAUAAUUAUAGUCAAAAUGUCUUCUGAUAAGUUACUCUUUACACAAUAGUCAUGUUUAUUGUGUUGCAAAUUAUAUUAAUGAAACUAUUUUUUUGUACAAAUCUGAUCUUGCUUCCAAACUCUUGGCCUGUAGUGUACAUAUAAUGAAAAAUGACACAGUUAAAAAGUUGUAAUCUUACGGUAGUCAGACAAAAUUGAAAUGGUCUUGUUAGGUGAACUAACUAAUUUCAACAGGCUUGCAACAACAUUUCCAUUGUUCCAUACAUUGACACCAUGUAACUUCAGGUCGCAAAGUACUACAUACUGUUACUUAUUACUACUUUGGGUUGAUUAAGUGAUCGGUGUAAAGUUAUGAAGUGCAUGUCAGUGUUAAGUGUAUUACCAACAGGGAUCCCAGUUCAGCCCCAUUGUGACAAUUCCAGCGCUGGAACUGUCACACUGCUGCAGAGGGGGUCACAUUUACUGUACAGCUUGGCUAAUUUUCAGAAAGUCUGACCCAGACUCUGUCAGUGUAAAAGUUUGUGCCAUUUAAAAGUUUUUCAAUGCCUUUACUUUGCAGUCAGAGAGCUCAUCUGUUUGUCGUCCUCUGCCUGCAGCAAACUGAGCUAUCCUUUUGAGAAUGUAUUCAUUGUUAGUGAGGCUAAUUAUUUUUGUGUUGUGUUUUUUUAUGAUGACCAUGAUUGAGGUUGUUGCAUCUCUUCUUUUGCCUAAGCAGGAAAAAGCCAAAAACAGCUCCUUUCAACAACCACAGAGACUAAAGCAGGAGGACAUGCUUGACUACCAAAGUGACUUUGAGAGUGAGAGCAGGACAGAGCCAGAUAACAGUGCCAGCCAGGUUUCAGAGCAUUUGCAAGCACAUGGAGAUGAAGAGGAGAUUGUAUCAGAGGUUAUGGACAAAACUGAAGAUUCACAUGUUUCCCAUGGGAAGACGGAAGAUGAUUACUCAAGCACUUUCUCAGGCACAAGUCCCCCUCACACCUCACAGACUGCAAAUGAAAGUCGAACAUUCAAUAGAAGCAGGGACUCCAGAUCUUCAGUAUCACAUGUCAGACGGUCUAGGAGGCGUACCUCGGCUGACAAAGUUUUCAAAGACUCUGCAGUGCAGACUCAGCCUGAUCCACUGGCUCACAUAGGGCCUGCUGCUGGUUAGUUUGAUAUCAUCACCAGCUUACCAGGAUUUACUUGACCAAGAGUGUGUUUGAAGUUGAGAUGCAUUGUGGAGGUACUCAAUACUGGCAUUGUUUGUCUUAUUUUGUCUCUGUCUCCCAUCCUAUUGUAGGUAUGUCAGCUUUAGGACCUGCAGUGGGCACAGUUUACACACAUCCCAGCCCAAUGGUUACCCAUACUCUCAGUGCAGACAUGGUAGAAGGUAAGGUCUUUUAGUUUAGUGUAUUGAUAAAGCCAGGAGACAGCUAGUCAGGCUUAGAGACUACCUCAGUCAGGAAGCCAAGAAGUCACUAUGUAUGUGCAAGAGAUGGAGGUUCUGGUAUUUGGACCCGGCUGUUUCCUUUUGUUUCCAGUAUUAUUGUUAAGCUAACUGAUAUUCUUUCUUUAACCACAUAGUGAGGAAAAUCUCAGUUACAGAUAUUUGUGCUUGAAAGUGUUAACACAGCACUAAUUCUGUGAUGUCUCCCUGUCAGCUCUCAGCACCUUCAAUCCAGCUGCAUUUGCACUCAAUGAAAUCCUAAAACAGCAACUUGCCAUGAUCAGGCGUUCCAUUGAACGCAACCGGGAACUCCAUUACAGCCUGGUGCGAAGCCUGGAACCACCAAACUACAGAUACACAACGCUGGAGGACACCAAAAAGGUAAAGCACAAACAGACACAUCGAUUGUUCCUGUUCUUGAGAGAUCACUGUUGUCUUUCUCCGUAAAUCAUGACUUUACAAAUGACGUGACUGUUUCAUUUUAACUUCAUUGCUCUAGUUUGUAUAAAACACAGCUGACAGAUUUGCAUAAAUAUUUUUUUCACGAGUGAUUGAUUGUGCACAACUUUUCUACAUCAUAUGACAGGGAAGAUACCUGCCUUUAGCCUUUAAAUUGCUAUCAUUACCUAAAUUUAAGCCUCUCUGUAAAUUUCAGAUAAUCCUCACUCAUAAUUUAAUCUUCAUUUCUUUUGUCUUUCCACAGUUGAUUAGCAAGCAAAGACCUAAAUUCACAGAGGAGGAUACCUUGGAAGAGUUGAUGAAAACCAUCAUCACAUUUGACCACUGAAAUGUUCAUGUACUUGUGUAUUUAUCACCAUGCGGGGAAUGCAAGACUCAUGGCUUUUCCUUUUCAUAAAGAAGAGUUUUGAACAGUAGUCUGUGUUUGCCCCACAGAGAGGAUGAAGAGAUGCGUUGUCCGGGUUGAAUAGGUAUUGAUGGUUAGAUGAAGCUCUGGGGUCUCCUUCAGAUCUGUGCCCAAAUAGACUUCAAGCUUUGAAGCUUCAGACUCAGCAAACAAAGUGACAUCUACGGGCUUGUAGAUUUAAUGACAGCCCCUUUAAACCCUGUAAAACAAUAAACUUAAAGUCCUCUCCAACAUUGAAAUAUUCCUUUGUACUUCUGUUAUUAUGGGAUAUGUGAUAUUUUAUAGUAUCUGAUAUUUUAGACACUAAAACUACCAAAAACCUCUGCUGAGUGUUUAAAAUUAGGAAGUUUGUUUUGAUGUAUUGAUGCCAUACGUACAGCUACAUAAUCCUGGAAACUAUAGACUGUUCCAAAUACUUAACAGUUGACUCCAUAUUUCUUUAAAAUGUUAUUAUCAUGUAAAAAAGUAAAAUUUUGCCUCAAAAUCACCCUGCCAAAUAAAGAUCUCUACUCGUGAAGUAACAAAAUUUUUAUUUAAAAAAUAACACAUACAGUAUGUUUAAAGUCUGACCAGAUUUCCCAGUUUUGAUCACUAACAAUAACUUCAAAUGUUUGAAUGAUAAGUGCUGAUUUGACACAAUCUAAGGACAAACUCUGAUGCUGCAAUUCAAGAACAUUUAUAUAUGAUGUGAGGGGUGGUUAUUGUGUGUGUGGGGCUGGUUGAAGGCACAAAUUCAGGUUGUUGUUGGAGUGAUCAGUAUGGAUCGUUGAAAGGAUAGUGAGGAUGUCCUGCAUCCCUGGGGACACGUUGUCCGUCCACCUGCACCAUUGAAAAAGCAGUUAAUACUUUGUUCUCAGUUGCUGUCAUGCUGUUGUAUUAACCACAAUGGGAAAAUACUUUAAAUAAAGUCAUACUUUCUCUGUAAUGACCAAA